UCAGCCCAUCCCACUCGCGCGUGCAGCUGCUGUCCGCCACCCCAAACCCUUCAUAUUUCUCUCCAAACAGAUCAGAUCGCGAGGGGUUUUCAGCAGUUUUGGUCUCAUGGCGAGCUUGUGGGUCGGUCACUGGAGGUCCAGCGCGCGUGUCGUGGCUACCUGUCUGUUCGUCACGCUGAUCACCUGCACGCUCAGGUGUUCAGAAUGCGUCAAACUGAGCAACAUCAUCCUCAUUCUCACCGACGACCAGGAUGUGGAGAUGGGGGGAAUGACACCCAUGAAGAAAACCCAAGAUCUGAUUGGUAGUAAUGGUGUGACCUUCUCCAAUGCUUUCACAGUGACCCCCCUUUGCUGUCCCAGUCGUAGCAGCAUCCUCUCCGGCAAAUAUCCACACAAUCAUCUGGUCCGAAAUAACUCAAUUUCUGGAAACUGCAGCAGCGUGGCGUGGCAGAAAGAGGCCGAGCCCUAUGCAUUUCCUGUCUACCUCAAUAAGAUGCACUACCAGACUUUCUACGGAGGGAAAUACCUGAAUCAGUACGGGACUAAAGAUGCAGGCGGUGUGGCUCAUGUGCCCCCCGGCUGGGACCAGUGGCACGCACUGGUGGGGAAUUCUCGAUAUUACAAUUAUACACUUUCUGUGAAUGGAAAAGUGGAAAAACAUGCAGACAGCUAUGAAAAGGACUACCUCACAGACCUGGUUUUGAAUCGUUCUCUGCAUUUCCUGGAGGAACGGAGCCCUAAUCAUCCGUUCUUCAUGAUGUUGUGUCCACCAUCCUCCCAUUCGCCAUGGACGGCCGCUCCUCAGUAUCAACAGUCCUUCAGUGAUGUUAAAGCUCCACGUGACGGCAGCUUCAACAAACCUGGAAAGGACAAACAUUGGUUACUAAGGCAACCUGUGAACCCGAUGUUAAACAGCUCCAUUCAAUACCUGGAUAACGCUUAUCGCAGGAGGUGGCAGACACUUCUCUCUGUGGAUGACAUGGUGGAACACCUAGUGAAUAAACUGGUGUCAAUGAAGGAGUUGGACAACACGUACAUCUUCUACACGUCUGACCAUGGCUAUCACACUGGCCAGUUCUCUCUGCCCAUUGAUAAGAGACAGCUGUACGAGUUUGAUAUUCGCAUCCCUCUCUUGGUUCGCGGACCAGGAAUCAAACCAAAACAAACACUGCAGUCUCCAGUGAUGAAUAUAGAUCUUCCUAUGACUAUCUUGGACAUCGCUGGAGUCAAUCUCUCCACUGUCAACAUGGAUGGACAGUCUUUCCUGCCACAGAUUGCUCCGUCAUUACGUAAUGGCACAGAACGGUCUUUCUUUCUGGUGGAGUACACCGGUGAGGGAUAUUCCUCUGAAGACCCCAGCUGCCCCAAACUAGGCCCUGGAAUGGCUCAAUGUUUCCCAGACUGUGUAUGUGAAGACUCUUUUAAUAACACAUACGCCUGUGUCAGAACUCUGAAGGAUGGUAACCUGCAGUAUUGUGAGUUUGCUGAUAAUGAGUCAUUCGUAGAGGUGUACAAUCUAACGGUCGAUCCCCAUCAGCUGGAGAACAUUGUGAAGAAAGUUGAUCCUUCUCUGCUGCAGACCAUGAACCAAAGACUCAUCAAACUGCAGUCCUGUAUGGGAGACAGCUGUCGAAACGUCAAAUAAAACUCUAAAUGCAAAGUGUGGGCCAAAUCCCACCCGCUCUGAAAUCUCAAGUCCAAUAUUUUGUAAUAGUAAGAUGUAUCAGGUGUUCACUUGCAUAUUUCUCAGCUGAAACUUUUAAUUCUGAUCGCCUGAAGUCAUGCUCGCAUCCCGCCUUCAAAUGUGAAUGUAUCUAAAGCGUGAUAUUCAUAUGCACCUUGAUCAUUUCUUGUGCUGUCAUACAGCUACAAGGAAACUGUUUCUGAGGGCUUGAACCAGUUGAACUGGAAGUUUACUUGUCAUCAGGCUUGUUUUACUUACAACUGUCAUCAUGCAUUUGUUGUUUUGCCACUUGAGGACUUUUAUGGUCAAUGAAACCUAAUGUUGGUGUGUAGAAACUGCGCUAGAAAUAUAGUACCAUCAAAAACAUGUACCUUGUGUUUUAAAAAAACAAUUAUGGUCGUAUGAUUUUUGUUUUGUUGAACUUUUUUUUUUUUUUUU